CCAUCCUGAGAUUUCCUUUGAGCUACCAUAAUUGCCACCUCCGGUGGUUCCAUAGCAACACUGCCUAGCCCUACAUUUAAAAUUGUGCAAUUUCUUCUUUCUCUUCUGCUUUCCUCAUCCUUUUCUUUCUCCCUGAGAAUCUUCCCUCAAAAUGGCCUCCCCCCCAGUCUCUGCAAUUGGUUUUGAAGGCUAUGAGAAGAGGCUUGAAAUCUCCUUUUCUGAGCCUGGUCUGUUUUCUGAUCCUGGAGGCCGUGGCCUCCGACUGCUUUCUAAAGCCCAGCUGGAUGAAAUCUUGGAGCCAGCUCAAUGCACUAUUGUCUCCUCCUUAAAGAAUGAUGAAGUCGAUUCUUAUGUCCUCUCGGAGUCCAGCCUAUUUGUCUAUGCAUACAAGAUCAUCCUGAAGACCUGUGGCACCACUAAACUACUGCUUUCGAUCCCGCCCGUCCUUAAGAUGGCUGAAACACUUGGACUGACUGUGAGCACUGUUCGAUACACUCGUGGAAGCUUCAUCUUCCCUGGCGCUCAGCCAUUUCCCCAUCGGUGCUUCUCAGAAGAAGUCUAUAUUCUUAAUGGGCAUUUCGCCAAGCUUGGUCUGAAGAGCGUGGCGUACGAGAUGGGUGGUGCCGAUGAAGUCGAGAAAUGGCACGUUUACUCUGCUUGUGCCGCAACUGCUGAUGACUCCGACCCUGUUUAUACUCUGGAGAUGUGCAUGACUAAUCUCGACAAGGAGAGGGCUUCUGUGUUCUUCAAAAAUCAAUCCAGCUCUGCUGCUGCCAUGACUGAAGCUUCCGGCAUCCGCAAGAUCCUUCCUGACUCCAAUAUCUGUGACUUCGAAUUCGAUCCCUGUGGCUACUCCAUGAAUGCCAUUGAAGGUGGUGCAAUAUCUACUAUUCACGUGACACCUGAGGACGGAUUCAGCUAUGCUAGUUUUGAAUUGGUUGGCUACGAUUUUUCGAAAGUGGACUUGGGUUCUCUGCUGGAAAGGGUCUUGGCGUGCUUCAAGCCGGCAAAGUUUUCUGUUGCUUUGCACUCUUGUGUUACUGGAAAGAAACUUGGAUCGGUAUUUCCGUCCCUGGGCAUUAAGGGGUAUUCCCUUGGAGAAAGCAGCUGUGAAGUUCUUGGCGACGGGGGAGGAUCUUUGACCUACGGCACUUUUGUGAGCACGAAGGGUUGCGCGUCGCCGGUGUCGAUUCUGCAGUGCUGCUGGAGUGAGAGUGAGGAUGAGGAAAUUGAGAAGAAAUAAAUGAGAUAUCUAUCUCGUUCGUACUCUGUUUUAGUAAGAUGAAUAAGUUUGUGUUUUUCUGUGUUUUGCUACCUAUUGAGCGGAGCCUGAGUUGGUGGGAUGCUUCUCUUGCUUUUGCUCGCUCGUUUGUUAUUUCAAUAAUAUUUGCUUGCUUGCGGUGUUGCUUA